AUGGGAGUGGGGCGGGAAACAUUGCUCACUCUCUUCCAUUCCAUCUCUUUCCAUUCUCCCUGGCUGCUGAUCCAGGUGUGGGGACCAUCCGUGGAGAGAGACGCAGCAUUCCCCGAGGCGGAAGAAGCUUCCCUGGAGCGAGAGCAGAGGGCGCACACUCAGGAGGGUGCCCAAGAUGCCCUCUCCUGUGCAGAGGAUGAUCAGAAGAAUGAAGAGGGUGAUGAACUUGAUCAGCAGUUGCCAGAAGGAGUUAAGAAUGAAGACUUGAGAGAAAACAUGAGGAGUCGAGGCAGACCUAAGAGAAUGAAAGUCAGGCUUAUAAUUGAGAAAAGAGAUUCAGUGUGUGGAAAGAGAUUCAGUCACAGUGCCAGUCUUCAAAGGCAUCAGAGAACCCACACAGGGGAGAAACCUUUUGAAUGCUCAGAGUGUGGAAAGAGAUUCAGUCACAGUGCCAGUCUUCAAAGUCAUCAGAGAACCCACACAGGGGAGAAGCCUUUUGAAUGCUCAGAGUGUGGAAAUAGAUUCAGUCAAAGUGCCAGUCUUCAAAGGCAUCAGAGAACCCACACAGGGGAGAAGCCUUUUGAAUGCUCAGAGUGUGGAAAGAGAUUCAGUCAGAGUGACAAUCUUCAAAAGCAUCAGAGAACCCACACAGGAGAGAAAACUUUUGAAUGCUCAGCGUGUGGAAAGAGAUUCAGUCGGAGUGGCAAUCUUCAAAGCCAUCAGAGAACCCACACAGGGGAGAAACUUUUUGAAUGCUCAGAGUGUGGAAAGAGAUUCAGUCAAAGUGCCAGUCUUCAAAGGCAUCAGAGAACCCACACAGGGGAGAAACCUUUUGAAUGCUCAGCGUGUGGAAAGAGAUUCAGUCGGAGUGGCAAUCUUCAAAGCCAUCAGAGAACCCACACAGGGGAGAAACUUUUUGAAUGCUCAGAGUGUGGAAAGAGAUUCAGUUGGAGUGGCGAUCUUCAAAGGCAUCAGAGAACCCACACAGGGGAGAAACCUUUUGAAUGCUCAGAGUGUGCAAAGAGAUUCAGUGACAGUGGCUAUCUUCAAAAGCAUCAGAGAACCCACACAGGGGAGAAACCUUUUGAAUGCUCAGCGUGUGGAAAGAGAUUCAGUCGGAGUGGCAAUCUUCAAAGCCAUCAGAGAACCCACACAGGGGAGAAACUUUUUGAAUGCUCAGAGUGUGGAAAGAGAUUCAGUCAAAGUGGCAGUCUUCAAAGGCAUCAGAGAACCCACACAGGGGAGAAACCUUUUGAAUGCUCAGCAUGUGGAAAGAGAUUCAGUCGGAGUGGCAAUCUUCAAAGCCAUCAGAGAACCCACACAGGGGAGAAACUUUUUGAAUGCUCAGAGUGUGGAAAGAGAUUCAUUCACAGUGGCAGUCUUCAAAGCCACCAGAGAGCCCACACAGGCAGGAAAACUUGA